AAACAACGUGUUUUGAUUUUGGCGCUUCCAUAAUUCCCCCGUCUGUUUCCCUAUAAAAUAUUAUUCAUUGCAUGCCCCAUUACAAGAUACCCUUUUCUUCUCUUUCACUAAACCUCUAAACUCAUUUCCAUGGCAGCCCUUCAGCUCGCCAUGGCCUCCCCUCCUCCUCUCAAUAAUAGACCACCAAAGCCCUCUGUUUUUACAUUCCCCUUCUUCUUUCUCCUUCUCUCUCUCUCUUUCUGCCGUACCUCCGGCCAGUCGCCCACGGCGUUUGCCUGCGAUGCCGCAAGCAAUCCGGCCGUGGCCGGCUUCGCCUUCUGCGAUACAUCGCUCGGGUUUGAGGAAAGAGUGAAGGAUUUGGUGAAGCGGCUGACACUGCAGGAGAAGAUUGGGUUUCUCAUCAACACUGCUAGGAAUGUGACCCGGCUUGGGAUUCCAAAGUAUGAAUGGUGGUCCGAGGCAUUGCACGGCGUCUCUUACGUCGGUCCGGGGACGAAAUUUUCAAAUGUGGUUCCUGGCGCCACGAGCUUCCCUCAGGUUAUCUUGACGGCGGCCUCCUUCAAUUCUUCUCUGUUUGAAGCCAUUGGAAAGGUAGUUUCAACAGAGGCAAGAGCAAUGUACAAUGUGGGAUUAGCAGGACUAACCUAUUGGUCGCCCAAUGUCAACAUUUUCAGAGACCCCAGAUGGGGCAGAGGCCAAGAGACUCCGGGGGAGGACCCUCUGCUCUCCAGUAAGUACGCCGCUGGCUACGUCCGAGGCCUGCAGCAGCGGGAUGAUGGUGAUUCUGACCGACUUAAAGUUGCUGCCUGCUGCAAACACUACACUGCCUAUGAUUUGGAUAACUGGAAAGGCACAGAUCGUUAUCACUUCAAUGCUGUGGUGACACCGCAAGAUUUGGAGGAUACGUUUCAGCCACCGUUCAAGAGCUGUGUGAUAGACGGCAAUGUGGCCAGUGUUAUGUGUUCUUACAACCAAGUUAAUGGCAAACCAACUUGUGCAGAUCCAGACCUCCUAGCUGGAGUCAUCCGAGGCCAGUGGAAAUUGAAUGGAUAUAUAGUUUCGGACUGUGAUUCUGUAGAUGUACUUUACAAUUCACAACACUAUACCAAGUCGCCGGAGGAAGCCGCAGCUAAAACUAUAUUGGCAGGGUUGGAUCUCGACUGUGGUGAUUUUCUCGGGAAACAUACUGAAGGAGCUGUUAAGGCGGGGCUGGUGAAUGAGGCAGCAAUUGAUAAGGCAGUUUUUAACAACUUUCUAACAUUGAUGAGGUUAGGUUUCUUUGAUGGCAAUCCCAGCAAGCAGCUUUAUGGAAAGCUUGGUCCAAAAGAUGUUUGCACACAAGAGAAUCAGGAGUUGGCCCGUGAGGCUGCAAGACAAGGCAUAGUUUUGCUUAAAAACAGCCCUAAAUCUCUGCCCUUGUCUUCCUCUUCAAUCAAGUCUUUGGCAGUAAUUGGCCCAAAUGCAAAUGUCACAAAAACCAUGAUUGGAAACUAUGAGGGCACACCGUGCAAAUAUACAACACCUUUACAAGGCCUAUCAGCCGUAGUAUCCACCUCAUAUCAGCCUGGCUGCGCAAAUGUGGCUUGUAGCUCUGCCCAGCUAGAUGAAGCAAAGAAGAUGGCAGCAUCAGCAGAUGCCACAGUACUCGUAGUAGGAUCGGACCAAUCAAUCGAAGCCGAGAGUCGAGACAGAGUUGACUUGAAUCUUCCAGGACAACAGCCACUCCUAAUCACAGAAGUGGCUAAAGCAUCAAAAGGACCUGUAAUUCUUGUCAUAAUGACUGGUGGAGGCAUGGAUAUAACAUUUGCCAAAAACGAUGACAAAAUUACAAGCAUCUUAUGGGUUGGUUUCCCUGGCGAAGCUGGGGGUGCUGCCAUAGCUGAUGUAAUCUUUGGAUCCUUUAAUCCAAGUGGUAGACUACCCAUGACUUGGUACCCACAAUCAUACGUAGAGAAGGUCCCAAUGACGGACAUGAGAAUGAGACCUUCCAAUGGAUAUCCAGGAAGAUCAUACAGAUUCUACACAGGGGAAACAGUAUAUUCAUUUGGGGAUGGAUUGAGUUACUCAGAUUUCAAACAUCACCUGGUCAAAGCCCCAAAGCUCGUAUCGAUCCCCUUGGAAGAUAACCACAUUUGCCGCUCAUCAAAAUGCCACUCACUCGACGUUGUCCAAGAGAGCUGCCAAAACCUGGGAUUCGAUGUUCAUCUGAGAGUGAAGAACGUGGGACAGAGAAGUGGAAGCCACACAGUUUUUCUGUAUUCAACACCGCCAUCAGUGCACAAUUCGCCUCAGAAACACCUUCUGGGAUUCCAAAAGGUGGCUCUCGGAGCCGGCGGAGAAAUGGUGGUUCGAUUCAAAGUGGAUGUUUGUAAGGAUUUGAGUGUGGCCGACGAAGUGGGAAGCCGGAAAGUUGCAUUGGGUCUUCAUAUUCUCCAUGUAGGAACGUUGAAACAUUCGUUGAACGUUAGGGUUUGAAUCGGAAGAGCCGUCAAGCUCUUCCUCCCCCGCUGCCGCUCCCGGUGGCUGAUUCUGAUUGGUAUUUUUUUUUAAUGCAUUAUGGUAGGAGGGAAAAUCAAGUUGUAAAAAUAAGUUGAGAGAGUUGUAAGAAUUUUCUCAAUUCUUAAUUAAGAAUACACCAAACUCCAAAGAAAUGGAGGGAAAAAGAAAAAAAGAGAGAGAGAAAUGUGCAAUUGUUUUUUUUUUCAACACAAACAAAAUA